AUAUAUAUAUAUAUAUAUAUAUAUAUAUAUAUAUAUAUAUUUCAAAUCCAUUAAAAACUAAAUUUUUAUGGUUUAACUAUGUUGAACAAAUUGAGUCUUAUAGUGAAGAAACAAAGGAUCAAAAGAUAAUAUGUUCGAUCAAAUUUGAUAAAAUUAGCUUUUACAAAGAUAUAAACUUGACCAUCUAAAAUCUAUAUACAAAAAACAUCUGCGGGCAAGCGUGCUGAUCAAGCUCUAAUUUUAUGAUUAAGCUUCAAAAAUAAAAGUCAAUUCUUCAAUGUCAAAGUUUCACAGAACCACUAAGCUAAUCUCUAAUCUCAUGUGUACUCACUGCCUAUAUAAGUGAGACCUGACUCCUCAUACUUACCCACAACACAACCAAUGUUUUUUUUUCUCUUAACACAAACAUCAAUUCAAUAAUGAGUACUUUCACAACCACAUCAGUUCUAAUCGUUGCGAUUAGCAUUUUGAUUAUUGCAUCCAGCGUUCAAAGUACUGAACAACAAGACUACUUAAACACUCACAACGCUGCACGUUCGCAGGUUGGAGUACCAAACAUUGUAUGGAACGCAACGAUCGCGAGCUACGCACUGAACUAUGCAAACGCUAGAAGAUCUGACUGCAACCUCGUGUACUCGGCUGGACCGUAUAGAGAAAAUCUAGCCAAGGGAAGUAGCAGCACUUUCUCGGCCAUAUCGGCCGUGAAUCUUUGGGUCGCUGAGAAACCUUACUACAACUACAGUACCAAUUCUUGCACAGGUAUAUACUGUAUACAACACUGUCAAUUCGUAUUACGUUAUUUUAACAAGGUUGCAUAAAUGCAUAAUAUAUAUAAAUCAACUACAGGUGGAAAACAUUGCUUUCAUUACACGCAAGUGGUGUGGAGAGAUUCAGUGAAGUUAGGCUGCGCUAGGGUUCAGUGCACAAAUGGUUGGUGGUUUGUGAUUUGUAACUAUGACACACCCGGCAAUUACAUCGGACAGUACCCGUACUAAUCUUGACACUAACAUGAACUCUACCGUAAUGUAUAUAUGAAUAAUUAUUAUUAAAGUUAAUCUGAAGUACUGCUUUUAAAUAAAAUAAAACUCCUUUUAUUCAAUACUAGGAUCGUGUCCGCGCUACGCGCGGAUAUUGGAUGAAGUUAAAAUUUGUAUAUGAUUAUAGUUGUGGCUGUUUCUGGUUGUUGUUAAAAUAGAUUUAAAGUAAUUAUAAGAAUGAAUAUAUGACACUAAGUUUUUUAAGAUUGAUUGUUCAUUUUUUUAUGCGAAUAUAGUAGGAAGUCAAUCGAUAGAGAUGUAAAAGUAGAGGGGAGUUGAUAUUUUUGGUUGUGUAAAGUGGUUUUCUGUAGUAAUGGAAAUUAAAUUAACGUGUUGAAAAUUAAAAAUAUGUAAAAGAACUUCGUAAUUGAGAUAUUGUUUAGCAUUAUGGUGUUUUGAAUUUGAACAUAAUCUUUUAAAAGUGUGUUUAGGUCUUUCAUUAAUAAACUAAUUAGAAAUUUUAUGAAUUACAUGGAAAAAAGGCCCGUUGAAAAAAACUUAUGAACGAAAAACCAGAUAAAUUGAUCGAGAAUUUAAUACUAAGGUUUUGUUGUGUUACUUUCAAAGUAUAACCUACCAGAUCAAACUAUCUCUACCCUUAAUUUUGCACUUAAUAGUUAAGAUGUUCUGUCCGAAUUUUAGACAAAUGAUUUCUUGGAUUCCAAAGAGGGGUGAUUGGGUUCGUAUGUGUUCGAGAAUUCUAUAAACGCACAGUAAAGUUGUAAUUUUGAUUUACCUCCAGCAGGUGGAGGAUCAUUGUGGUUUGAUUUGACCACCAUGUUGAGGAAAACGACCCUUUGACGAAAGAAAUAAUUAGAAAAUGAGUCAGCGAAAGAGAGAGAUCUUGAAAUGUGGAAAUCCACUGAUUGAGUAACUUACACGUAAUAGUUGUAUCCGCCUUUCUUCUCGUUGCAAAUUUCUGAGUGGAAGAUGAUGUGAAUGUUAUGUGGAGCUGAGGUUGUUAACCGGUUUGUAUCAAAUAUGCAAUGUUACUGAAUUUAUUCGUAUAUUUUGUUGAUUUGUAUUGAUGAGACAAAAGAUUUUUUUGAACUUUCAGUGAUUGCCGCCGGUGAUUGUGGCAGGAGAUGUGCUACUUGCCUUUCUGAUAUUAUUGUCUAUCGAGAAGAACAUUUAGGUAUUAUAAUCUAUUGAAGAUUUUUAUAUUUAAUGUGAUACGUUUAAAAUAUGAAAAUUUUGUGUGAAUUAAAAUAAUUAGUUACAGUCAUCAAAUUGAAGCGAGAGAAAAAAAAACAAACAAUCUGACAAUAAGAGCUCAUAAUUGUCUUUGUUCAUUACUCUUUGUCUCUGUUUUAAGAAGAAAAGUUACAAAACAACAUACUAGAUUUUGAAUUGCAUAACCAAGAUUCUGGUGCAAGAACAAACCACUAUAUUUUUUAAACAGACUUGAUAGCUGUCUUUAAUCUUUUUUUUUUAGAAAUUUAAUUUUUAAAUAAAAAUUAGGAGCUAUAUUAGUCUACAUUUUGAUCCGUGCUUCAAAAGCACGAAUUUUUCGGUUAAUACAAAUGUGAUACGAAUAGUAUUUUUGAUUAUGAUUUAUAUUAUUAAGUUAUUAUAUAAUUUUUUUUUUAAAUAAUAUAUAUAAUUUGUCAAUUCUUUUAUUUUAAAUUUUGUGUGUACAUUCUUUUCUCACAACAUCAUCUUUAUAUUUUUAUGCAUUAUAUAAAAGUUAAAUUUGUUGGCAUAUGUUAGACUAAUUUAAAAAUAUAUAUUUGCAGGGGUUACAAAAUAUAUAGAAUAUAAAUGUAGUUUCUAAAUGUAAUUAGAUUUCUUUAUGUUGGACAUGUUCCUAACUUGAUAGUAUUGACUUGAAUUAGUAAAACAAAUAGAGAUUUUUAUAUAGAAGCUUAACAUGGUUCAUUUGCACGUUAUAAAUGAGUCCAAGACAUAUUUAUGUACACUUAUGUGCAUGCAGUAUCAUAAUAUUCCAAGACAUAUUGCCAUAAGUCAGGCCUCAAUAGUUUUUUUCUUCUAGCUUUACGUGUGAACACGACAUAUCAGCCCCUGAGUCACCUGGAUGGGCUGAAGAAAUGCAUUGUAUUGGAUGAUGUGAAAGUACAUGCUAAUUUACUGCAACACACUCAAUUUCAUUCACACAACAUAAAUUCUAACUACGAUUUAAAAAUGCUACUAUUUUCGCACCACCUUGUUUCCGACUGUUUUGUUAUGAUCCAUUUCUGCAAAUGGAUAAACUUUAUUGGAUUAAUUAAGAAUUACCGCUGCAACUGAAAAUUUUGUCUUGAUCUCCAUCGCUGAUUUGGAUGUCUUCACUUGGGAGCGUUGCUGCUUUGAGCUCCUCCAACUGAUCUAAGAUCAAACGUCUUUAUUUUAUUGAAGCUAUCAAUCAUCUUUGGAGGCGUUAAGCAACCAAAGGUAGAACAGUUGAGUCUAUGUUUUCGUACGUUUAUUUUUUUUUGGAAGAAGAGCCACCACCAUCACCACCACCUGCUUCACACUCCGCUACAUCUUCGUUAUCAGCUUUUGAUCCUUCAUCAGUCGCGUUCGAAACAUAGGAUGCCUUUGUCUUCUUCUUCAUCUAGUGCAUAUCAACACGUGCCUCCUCCUUUAUUUUGCUGCUUCCUGCUUCUUUCAUCGCCUUGUCUUCCACCCACAGAGGCUUCGUGGAAGCUUCAGCAUCAGCGGUUGGUGCUUUGGAGAGGUCAUUGAAGAAAUUCUGUGGAGGAGGUUCAGAACUCUGCUCUGCUGCUGGUCUCUGAGAAGUUGUUGGAUGAAGAAAGUUCUUAAAGUCAUCAAUCACUUUAGCGCUUCUAUCACCUCCUCCUUCUAGAUUGUGAUUCUCAGAGGAGGUUCCAGCAUUGUUACCUUUACCUUUCCCUCCACCACAUGAGAGACCCAAGCUGAGCUCAAGCCCAUUAUCAUCAUCCAUUUUUUUUGUUUCACACUAUCCUAAACAGCUCAACAGAUCGUUACAACAUCCCCUGUCAUCUGAGAAAAAUCAUUAGUCACAAAAAAGGAACCCAAUCAUCACUUUCCCUUUUUAAAAAUUUAUAACCAAAAAAAGGAAACAUACAAAAAGGUGUAGACUUUUCGAUCUGUUUACGGACAAAAAAACUCUGAAGACUCUGGUAAUGAUUAAUAGCACUACAAUAAGCAGAAGAUCUGUCAGGUAAUGAUGUUCGGUAAUAUUAUCAUAAACCUCUUGAAUCACUCCAAAGUACCAGACUUUGGAGUUUGGAAUCAUCAUAGAUUAGUACCCAGAACCCUUACUACAGAGCUGGAGAGCCAAGUCAGCUUAACUUAGAGCCAUUUCAAUCACAAAGAAACUCAGAAAUCUUAAAUCGAGUCAGAGAGUGAACAAAAGUAAAACCUGAAACAA